ACGAUUCACGCCUUGACCAUACCAAUUUAUCGCAGAGAGGAGCUCUGAGAACGAUUCGCUGAGAGAGAGAGAGAGAGAGAGAUGACUUUCCAAGAUUUGGAAGCUGGAAGAGGAAGAUCGAGGAAGAUCAAUGGUGGUCGGCAAGAUUCGACGCAAGCCGUGGCUUCGGGAAUAUUCCAGAUCAAUACCGGAGUUUCCACGUUUCAGCGGCUCGUUAACACGCUCGGUACUCCCAGAGACACGCCCGAGCUCCGUGACAAGCUGCACAAGACACGGUUGCAUAUAGGGCAGCUUGUGAAGGACACGUCAGCUAAACUUAAGGAAGCUAGUGAAACUGAUCAUCAAACUGGUGUCAAUCCAAGUAAGAAGAUAGCAGAUGCUAAGCUUGCAAAGGACUUUCAAGCUGUGUUGAAAGAGUUUCAGAAAGCUCAGCAAACUGCUGCUGAAAGAGAAACUGCUUAUGCUCCUUUGGUGCCUCCUUCUGCUCAUCCCUCUAGCUAUUCAGCGGGUGAAGCAGAUAAGAUCUCGGAACAGAGGGCACAGGUUAUGGAGUCGAAAAGGCAGGAGCUUGUGUUGUUAGACAACGAGAUUGCAUUCAACGAGGCUGUGAUCGAAGAAAGAGAGCAAGGGAUACAAGAUAUCCAUACUCAGAUUGGUGAGGUUAACGAAAUAUUCAAAGAUCUUGCGGUUCUGGUUAACGAUCAAGGAGUCAUGACAGAUGAUAUUGGUACUCACAUCGACAACUCUCGAGCUGCAACUUCACAAGGAAGAUCUCAGCUCGCUCAGGCCGCAAAAACACAAAGAUCAAACUCAUCUCUGACAUGCUUGCUCUUGGUGAUAUUUGGCAUUGUACUCCUGAUCGUGAUAAUCGUACUCGCAGCUUGAUUUUGGAAACCAAGAACAAGUUUUAUCUAAUGUGUUCAUCGAUCUUAAAGCAUCAAUGAGUGGAAUUUAAACUUGGUAUAUAACGUAAUUUGCAGACAAAACGUAGAAGUUGGGUUUUGUAUUCGUUUAGUUUGGUUCGGUUGUAAUAUAGUGCGUGCGUGCGUGGUUUUGUUGUGCAAACUGUGUUGGAGAUGAUUAAAAGUCUGUUGCUUGUGCGCUC